AAUGUGUGAAGAUAGUUUUAGUGAGUUAAAGUAACAAUUAAAGGUUAUUUUAUUAACGUUAUACUGUUGAAAUUGAGAUUAACGAGAGGUGAUGGAGUGGGAACAGCUUGAUCUGAAUCCAAGGAUUAUUGCUGCUGUUAAAAAAGCCAAUUUUAGGUCAGCCAGGGAGAUCCUCUGUGUCUCUGGUCCAGAUUUGCAGAGGCUGACGCGCUUGUCAAAGACUGAUGUUCAGCGCCUGCAUUGCGCUGUAGCGGCUGCAGUCCGCAAGUCCAAGCCGGUCACAGCUUUACAGCUGAUCCGUGGAGAAUGUCCUGUUUUGGAGGCCGGAAACAGGCUCUCUUUUUCCUGCCGCAUUCUGGACGGUCUGAUGCGUGGUGGUCUCCCGUUACGAGGAAUAACCGAGCUGGCAGGCGAGAGUGGUGCUGGAAAAACUCAGUUCUGUUUGCAGCUUUGCUUGUCUGUCCAGUACCCGCAGGAAAACGGAGGGCUGAAUUCAGGAGCUGUUUAUAUUUGCACUGAGGAUUCUUUCCCUAUCAAACGACUAAGGCAACUCAUUGCCCUGCAGCCCCGGCUCAGACCAGAUCUGCCACCAGCUCUGAUCCACAGUCAGCGUUUUAGCGACAACAUCUACAUCGAGCAUGCAGUUGACCUGGAGGCUCUGCAGGCGUGCGUGUCUCAGCGUGUGCCCGUGCUGCUGAAGCGAGGGCUGGUCAGACUGCUGGUGGUGGACUCUGUGGCGGCUCUGUUUCGCAGUGAGUUCCAGGCUGAUGAGGCUGUACAGAGGUCACGCCACCUGCUGGCCUUUUCCAACACACUUCACCGCCUGAGUCAUGAAUAUGGUGCACCUGUAGUCUGCGUCAACCAGGUUACAGAUGUUGUGGACGGACCAAAUCCAGGACGGUGCGACUAUGGGCUGGUGGGCAGUAAGGUGCUUCCUGCAUUGGGCAUCGCUUGGGCCAACCAGGUAAUGGUGAGACUCAUGCUCAGGAGACUGGUGGGGCAAGUACAAUCAGACAGCCGAAGCAGUGCUCCUCGAAAAUUAGAAGUGGUUUUCGCCCCACACCUCCCUCGAGCGAGCUGCCUGUGUGGGGUUUGGGAAGAAGGAGUGAGAGGGAUCCCUGAUGACCACUCAGACCUGCAGCCGCAGGGCUCUUCAUGAUGAAUUAUCGGCAGAAGGAGCAGAUGGAGAGGACUACAUUCACCACAACAUGGCAGUUAACAGCUGCUAAUGGACAUAAAUGUUAUGAAGAACAUUUUAAUGUUUUUGUGAUUUUGUGAAGAAUGGCUAA